AUGGAACAGAUCAUAGAGCCCCUAUGCAACCGGCCUAUGGCCAAUCCUCAAGAAUUACUCGUCGAGAGUCUCAAAGGGCAAUCCAACCUCCAGCAGCUGGAAAUCCUUACGGAGAUAUUCACUGCGGGGGCUGUCACCGACGAGCGCUUUGCAGAGACGGUAUACACUGCCUGGGAGUAUUUAUUGCAGAACGACUUGUGGUCCUUCAAGUAUGAAUCCCUUGAGCAAUAUCGACAACUGAUCAGCUAUCGGGAUAUCAUCAAGCCCAUAUUGCAGAGAUUUAAGCGGUCAGACCGGUCAAAGCUAGUCAACAUGCAGAUUAUCCAGGAAAACUGGAGCCUUCAAAUACACCAGGUGGUUCCCCCUUCCAUGGCUCCUGCUUCAUGGAGCAAACAUCUGCUAGACCUGUUGGCAAUCCUAAGUCGGACUAUCAAGUGCAAGGAGCAGGCCCUGGAUCUUUUGAAGAAGGGUAUUAGGGAAAGACCGCGCAGAUCUCGCCUGGGAAGCACCCUGUUGGCCAGCGAUGUUGAACGUGUGCUUAGAGAUUUACCUUUGGUAAAUCGAGCUCGUAAAUCUUAUUCUUCUGGUACGUACGCAGGUCUGAAUCCUUCUUAUGGAGAUCCUCAAUUAAUCGAUUGUCGUUUCUUUUUUGCCUUCCCCACAGCUCUGCGAGAUCGAACAAGCUCUUACCCACGCUCAAGCUGGAAUAACCGAAGCGCGCAGACACCCCGCUCAUAUUCUAACGAUGAAUGUGAAACCAUGUCCUCGAUCGCCGACUCGGACUGCGCGUGUGCCCCGAUUUGCCUCCCUCUGCGCCUUGUCGUGCGUCCUCACUUUAGCUCUUUACGCGAUGACCUGGUGAUUAGACUCUUCAAGUGGGCCGAGUCAAUCGGAUGGUCCAGCAUUUGCGACCUUCAUUUAAGAGGGCUGGUGUCUCUCCGGGCUGGGUCGGAGCCGGAGCGGUGGACGCGAAAUGGGAUGAUCGCGCAUCUCGAGGGUAUCUUACUAGAACCCGGCGUGACCGAGCCUGCGAUGGCACUCGGGUACCCCAGCAAUCUUCCCGGUGACUUUCUUGAAACCGCAGACCCUCAGUUGCUUCUCCACUCGGGUUCAGUGCCCGCAUGGCCAGAGUUUCUUGGCUAA